AUGAGACAGCUGCGUUGCAGCCAAAGUGACGCAAUCGGUUGACGAAUAAAGCGCAAGUCUGCAGCCGACCAAAUGAGACACAGCCACUGUCAAGUAUCGUGAGACUGAAUGUAGCAGCACAACGUCAACCAGAGUCCUUCUCUCUUAGGUGAAAACAGAAGCUAAAGUGAAGACAUCUCGCGUAGUUCCCUGUAAGAACACAUGGGUCUACUGUUACUCUGAUGGCUGGUCACCUCCUCAAAGUCUCCUCGCUGGCCACAGCAGUGUUUGCCACCUCCGGGUUUUACCUGUACAACAGACAGCUGAACCUCAAUGACCUGAGUGUGAUCCGCUUUGGACGAGCUGCCACCACCACGGUGCUCAUCAGUUUCGACUAUAUCACUGCUUUCAAACAUGUGGAAUACGACACCGAGGAGUACUGGGCACUCAAAUCCAAGGUGCACCUGCGAUCCGCGGAGCGUCUUCGAGACUUGUGCUGUGCCAACCGGGGGACUUUCAUAAAGGUGGGCCAGCACCUCGGUGCUCUGGACUACCUGCUGCCUGAGGAGUACACAUCAACGCUGAAGGUGCUCCACAGCCAAGCUCCUCAAAGCAGUAUGGAGGAGAUCCAGCAGGUCAUCAGAGAAGACCUCGGCAAGGAGCUGUCAGAGUUAUUUGUUUCCUUUGAGGUGGAGCCUCAGGGUGCAGCUUCCUUAGCCCAAGUCCACAAGGCAGUUCUGCAUGACGGAAGGACUGUGGCCAUCAAGGUGCAACACCCCAAAGUCCAGAGACAGAGCUCCAGGGACAUAGUGAUCAUGGAGGUGAUGUUGAAGGCAGUCCAUUGGAUCUUCCCAAAUUUUGCCUUCAUGUGGUUGGUGGAAGAGGCCAAGAAGAACCUGCCACUGGAGCUGGACUUCCUAAACGAGGGACACAAUGCUGAGAAGGUGGCUAACAUGCUGGCCCACUUCACUUUUCUCAAGGUUCCCUUGAUCCAUUGGGAUUUGUCUACAAAGAGAAUCCUGACCAUGGAGUUUGUGGAGGGGGGGCACAUCAAUGACAGGAACUACAUGAAGCAACACGGCAUCAAUGUUAACGAGAUCUCAGAGAAUCUGGGUAAGAUAUACAGUGAAAUGAUCUUCGUCCAUGGAUUUGUCCACUGUGACCCGCAUCCAGGCAAUGUGUUGGUGCGAAAGUGUCCCCGGAGCAAGAAGACAGAGAUUGCCCUGCUGGAUCACGGCCUUUAUCAGGUCCUUCAGCCAGACUUCAGGUUGGACUAUUGCCGGCUGUGGCAGGCUCUGAUUAAAGGUGACAUGUCUGGGGUGGAACGUUACAGCCUGAGACUGGGAGCCGGAGAUCUGUACGCCCUGUUUGCCUGUGUGGUCACCUCUCGCUCGUGGACCGCCGUCAAUGCCGGCAUCACGUCGGUUCCUGUCACACGCUCAGAGGACGUUGAGAUUCAGAACAAUGCGGCCCAAUACCUGCCCCAGAUCAGCGAGCUGUUAAAUCGAGUGCCCCGGCAGAUGUUGCUGUUGCUGAAGACCAAUGACCUGCUCAGGGGCAUUGAGACCACUUUACAGACCAGAGCCUCCUCCUCGUCCUUCAUCAACAUGUCCCGCUGCUGCGUACGUGCCAUGGCCAGGCACAAGAGGAGUAAGGCUGGGUUCUGGAGGAGGCAUAUCCAGAUAACACUGGCAGAGUCCCUCGACCUGUGGAGACUCACCAUGUAUGAACUGUUUCUGUGGGUGAGCGGCUCGCCGUUGGGACGCUGGCUCACUGCUCUGCUGCCAUUUCUGCACUGAGACAUAUCUGGACAAUGGGACAAUAACAACAUACCAGAAGUUAACAUGUCUGCUCAUAUACAUUGUAUAUACACACACAUGAAUUCCACUUAUCUUAAUGAUAGUUAAGAUACUCUAACAUGUACAAGGUCACCACUUACUAAUUGAUGUCUAUCAACACUAGCAGGCAACUAUCUCUCCUGGUGGUGAUGGAGAUUAACACAUUGUCAUUGUAUAUUUGUCAUUCAAAAUAAGUAAUUGUAGUUUAAAGGUGAUUAUGAACUUGAAACUUACUUGAUCCGCCAUCUUACAUACAGUGUACAAUACCUGUCUGUAGAUUUCCACCACAUUCUCUUGUUUGUUCCUAUCAAAGUUCAAGUAAAUUGUAUUUUUUGCUUUUCUUUAAUCUUUGUUAUGGCACUGUUAAAAUGUAUAUCAUCUGCGGAUAUAGAACAAAAGUGGUUGAAUGUUUAAUAAUUUCUGAUAAAUUAAAAGGAAGCAGUAAUGUGAGAAUUCAA